CGUAGCUGUUUACGGAAACAUUUUCACGUCUGCACGUGCGCAAGUUUGUCACUUCUGUACGGUACGUGAGUGUUUGCAUGCUCACUGCUCGACGUGUGGGGGGGAAGGUUGUGCUUGUUUUGUGCUCCGAAAUCCAAACGACUUUAAACUUGUGUGUGUCGAGCGAUGAGGACUCUCAUCUGCAGCCAUCAUGGAGAAGUAGGAGGAGGUCUGGGCUUCAUUUUGGCCAACUGACCGCGCGGACUGUGCAGAACUUAUCGCGAAAUAAAGGCCCAACUACUUUUUGUGUCACACCUGCAACACGGAGCGGAUUUCUGACGCGAAGGAAGAUGAUUUUUAGGAAAAUUCACUCAGGGAGCUGCAGAGCGUGGCUGUGUCGGGUUUCACUGAGGCAGGAGGUAUGUUUCUUCUCCUCCGUGCCCCCCCAGCCGGUGCCUCCUCUGGCUCAAACCCUGCAGGGCUACCUAAGGGCCCUGGAGCCCCUGCUGCCCCCCGAGGAGCUGAGCCACACCCGCAGGAUGGUGCACGACUUCGGCAGGCCGGGCGGGCUGGGUCCACAGUUGCAGGAGGGUCUGGAGAAGAGAGCCCGACUCACCAAGAACUGGAUCUCGGACUGGUGGGUGCAGAGGGCGUACUUGGAGAGCAGGCAGCCUCUGCCCGUGCACUCGAACGCGGCUAUCUCUCUGCCCCGCAGAGAUUUUAAUGACUGGAGGAGCCAGCUGGUGUUCGCAUCCAGACUGAUAGCAGCCGUUCUGGACUUCAAGGCCAAAAUCAACACUGGGCAGCUGCCAGUCGAGUACAUGCGAGGGAAGCCUCUGUGCAAGGAGCUCUACCCGCUCCUCUUCUCCUCCUGCAGGAUCCCCGGCCCCAAACACGACUACAUUGCCCACCACGGCCGCUCACGCCGCUCGCCAACGCACAUCACAGUCGUCAGGAACUACCAGUUCUUCCAGCUGGAGGUUUACAACAGCGAUGGCUCGAGGAUGACGGAGAGUCAGAUCCACGGGCAGCUGCUGAGGAUCAGGUCUCAGUCCUGGAAGACGGACAAGGAGCCGAUGGGCAUCCUGACUAGCGAGCACCGUCACACAUGGGGAGAGGCCUACAACCGCCUGCUGAGAGAUAAACUAAACCAGGAAUCAGUGCGGAUGAUAGAGACGGGACUUUUCUCCUUGUGCCUAGAUUCUCCAGUCAUGAGGAUAUCAGAUGAGAAGUAUGCGAGCCGCAAGGCAGCCCAGGUCCUGCAUGGCGGCGGGACGUUCUCCAACAGCGGAAACCGCUGGUUUGAUAAAACGCUUCAGUUUGUGGUGGGCGAGGACGGCUCGUGGGGUCUUCUGUAUGAGCAGGCCACAGCUGAGGGUCCGCCCGUAGCGACGCUGCUGGAUCAUGUUAUCGAGUACUGUGAGAAGCCUGAUCCAAAGAGGGCACCGUUGCUUCCCCUGCCCAUGCCCAAGAAGCUUUAUUUUCAUAUAGACAGAGAAAUCAAGAGAGACAUAGAGCACGCCAAGCAGAACCUUGACAUUCUGAUCAACGAUCUCGACGUCAAUGUGUUCAACUUUAAGAGGUUUGGCAAGAAUCUUCCAAAGCAGCACAAGAUGAGUCCAAACUCCUUCAUCCAGGUCGCCUUACAGCUCGCCUACUACAGAGUUCACAAUGAGGUCUGUCCUGCCUGCGAUAUUGCCACACAGAGGAUGUUUAGAGGUGGAAGGACCGAGUACAUCCGUUCGCCCACGAAUCAGGGGCUCCAGUUCAUUCUUGCCUUUGAUAAUCCGUCCAUAUCGCGACAGGCAAAGCUGGAGCUGUUCAGAGAAGCUGUUGACGCCUACUCGGCUCUGACUGAAGCGGCACUUAAUGGACACGGUAUUGACCGCCACCUGCUGGGGCUCAAGCUGCAGGCCAUCGAGGAGGGCAAGAGCAUUCCCAAAAUCUUCAUGGACACAGCUUACGGACUAGCAACACACUUCAAGCUCCGGACAGGACAGAUGCCUGCGAACAACACGGACAGCGUGAUGUGUUUCGGGCCUCUCGUUCCCGACGGCUACGCCGUAUGUUACAACCCUCAGGCAGACCACAUCCAUUUUAGCAUCACUGCCUUCAACUGCUGCGAUGAGACCAACGCAGAAAGACUGGCUCGCUCUCUGAAGGAUACCAUGUGUCAUCUACAGGAGCUGCUGCAGCCUACUGUGUAGAGCUUCUGCUACAGCGUCCAGCACCCUUCAGCACAAAGAAACUCUUCUGAGAACAUUUUGUACGAGUCUUGGAGAGGCUUUUUUUUGUUUGUUUUUUUUUUUUGUUGUUCUGCAUGCCACUCAGAGCUUCACCUGAGCAUUUAAUUGUGAGAGAGCCUGAAAACUGACCUCAGCAGCUCUCUGGUUCUUUUGUAUAUUUUUCUAAGCAGAUUCAUUAUCACCGUUACACUUGGAAGCAUUUAGCAGUGAAAGCAAAAUAAACCAGUGUGACACUCCAGCAUUAACCAGAAAAAGUCCAAGCGUGCACUCCUAUUACAAGUCAUGAGAUGACCUGUAACCUUCUGCCAUCAACCUUUCAGAUUUCACUCUGUCACCAGAAUUAAUGGGAAAUGUUUGUUGUUUUGUUAGGUGAUUUGAAUGGACCAAAGGAUGGGAAUGAUUGAGGGUGUCUUGUUGUUUUUGUGUCUCUGAGCUUGCACAACCUGAUCUUCAGAUAAAUUUUGAUUGAGGAUUUUUUUUUUUUUUUUUUUGGGAUCCCUCAGGGGUGUGUUCUGUUCUCAGCCUGCAGGACUGGUUAAUAAAGCAUGUGGUCACAUGAUUUCUCAUUCAAAUUCUUUGUGUAUGUGAAAGAAAGCAAGCUGGCUUCGAGGAAAGGUCAAGGCCGAUGUUUUCUAAUAAAAUCUGACAGUUUUUUCAGCUAAGCAGAACAUAAGAUUACCUCUGUGAAACUCUGGGCAGGACAAUCCAAGUUUGUUUCUACCAAAAUCAUACAGACUUGCUCUGCUCCAGAGGAUGGCUGUGGCUCCAGCUGUAAGGCACUAGAGGUCGCUGGGGUUGGAGCCUGAGUGUAUGAACUGUACAGUCAGCUUUGACAUGGGUGUUAUUGGAUAAACUUACUGAGCAACAAAAAACAUUCACACUCUGUUAUGUGCAGCUGUUCUUGCACUCACAUGGAGAUUGUCCACAAGACAGAAAUUAUAAAUUAGAAAGUAGCUGAAAGACCUGCUAAAGUUACAUGCAAGAGUCAUUCCUGCAUAAUUAAUAAAGUUACUCACUGGGUCACCUGUGCAAGCUACAUCUGCUUUAAACCACAUGAACCGGUAAAUGUAAUUAUAACCAUAAACUCAAGCUAUGCAUUUUCUAUUUCUCUUCAUUCUUACGUUGUGGUGACAAAAGUUCAAAGGUCAAACUGGACAAACAUGCCUGGAAACUGCAACUUGACACAUUGUCAGGGGAAACUGUAAGAUAGUAAUUCCAGUUUACAACUGAAUGAAUGCACCAAAGGAACACACACCAUAAAAAAGGGACUAUUUACAUCAACAUCUUAUGACUAGUACGAGCAGAAAGCUCUGGAUUUCCCCGUGCUUCUUACAGUGUUCAAAGUUUUAUACUUAAUGUUACAUAUAAUGAAACAUUUACCCAGUUCUAGCUUCAUAUUAACUACCAAAGUGGUGGUGUGUUUUGUAUUACUGAAACUUUGUAAUUUGCUGCAGAAAAAAGUAUUAAACUUUUUCAGUGAUGUAAUUAUAAUAAUUACAAAAACCUUGACUUGU